AUGGAUACAAAUUCCUCUCCUUGAAUCCCUGUGGUCUGUUAUGGCUCCAUUUUGAACAUGUCGAUAUUUUGUAUUUGCAGAAGAAGUUCAAUGGGAUGGCUUCAACCACAAAGAAGCUGCCAAAAAUCAAGCGAGAAAUAGAUAAAUUGAAAUUCAAGGUUGAUGAGCUUUGUGAUCAUGAAAUUCCUCAUCUCGGAGCUGCUUCACCUGAUCGGAAAAGUGUAUAUGACAAAUGUAGCAAUUUGACAGCUGCAGUUUAUGACCUUAUAAGCCAGAUAGGCCAAUUAUCACUGAAAAAUGAGAAAUUGCCAACUAAAGAAUUUGAAGCGGCAAAAGCUGCAGAAGGCAGAAGGCUAACUGUGUUGAGAGAAAAGCUAGAACAGAUAUCUUCCCAGCUGGAGCCUGAUGAAGUAGAAGAAGAUUAUCUAAGGAACUUUAAAUCAAUCAGAUCAACUAAGCAAACUAGGCCUAAUAUCAAAUUCGUUGGCGGUGAUGCUCCCUCUGUAAGUGAUGCUAAUUCUUUCGAUGGACAUCAUGAGGCUGACGGUGACGAUUACGAAACAGAUGAAUCCAUCGAAGUUUACCGUGUCGAGGCAUUUGGCGACUUCGCUGGAGAAGAAGUUGGAGACCUUCAGUUCAAGAAGGGAGAAAUUUUGACUAUCAUUACAACUAGGGAUGAUGGCUGGUGGACAGCAGAGAACAAGGAUGGAAAAACAGGGUUGGUUCCAAGCACUCUACUCAAAAUUCUAGACGAUGAAGAGGAUGAUAAAGAAGUUGAAAACAAAGACAAGCCUGGGAAAAUUGUGUCGGAAAAACCUCCUUUACAAAAGAAACGCAGCGGCAAAGAUUUGUGGCAGUCAUUAAGGAUGUCAAAAGCCGAGACGACUGUAAAUGACGUGCUAAAAGCGAUGAAGGCUGUUCCUUCUGGUUUUCGCUCAUCGACACUUGGUAUCAUGCUAAAGCAAGAGGAACACAAGACAAGCUUUUGGUUGACACCGAAACUCAGCUCUUCAAAUCUUUCAUUUCGUGACUUGUUUUGGGACCCUGUCAAUAAAAAGCUGCGGCCUAGAGCUGUCAAGUUAACUAGGACCUUCAGUCUUAUGGGGGCAAAGUUUAUACCAUUGCCUGGAGCAGGCUUAGAAGUGAAAAGUAGACACGUUCGAAUUUCUUUUUGGGAUGGUAAAAAUGUUUAUGGCAAUAUACACACUGUCAGGGCUAUUGCCGUAGAGAAGGAUGAGCAAAGCUGGUCCUUUACUCCACGGCUGUCCGUAUUCUUACCAAGUUUAUAUGAUGGGGAAUGCAUUGCAAGAAUAAAUUCAGCAACUGAGAACUUAGCCCUGCUUUUCGAGCUGAACUAUUCAUACGUGCGAACGACAACAGAAGACAAAGGAGAACUCAGCGCGGGAUGGUGCACACUUCCUCUUUUUGAAAAGGAUGGGACACCGAUUGUUAACAAAAACUACGAAUUGGCAUUACAUGGUGGAACACCUUUUGAAAAAGGGGUUGAUGUGGACGCUGCUUUGAGUUUAAAAACAAGCCAGUCAUUAUUUCAAUCACUUAUACGAACAAAUAGACAGCCACGACUUAUUGUCAAACUAACACCAAUAAACAGAGUAGAGAAGGCCCAGUUUGAUUUGCUGCCAGAUCUGUUGAUUACCUGUGAAAGACACAUUAAGUUCAUAGUGUUGUACAGAGAGCUGCUUGCAAAUACGUACUUGAAAGAUGGAGAACCAAGUGGCGAAUACAUUUGUGACCCGAUUAUGGCGAAUAUUUGCAAAGCAUUCGAUUUCUCUGAUCUGAUCGACGCCCUUCAGAUGAUUUGGAAUGAAAGAAGUAAAGUAAAUCUAUCUCGAUCUCAAAAGAGAGAUCAAGCACAUAUGCUGAAGUUUUUCAGGCAGUGUUUCAUCGAAAGUACCUUUUCAAUCAUGAACAAUGUGAAAUUUCCGCCGUACAUUUGGGCAAAUGAGACAGCAGAACAGGAGAGAGUCAAAUUCAUUACAUCAUAUCUUGCCGAGAAGAACUCACUUGCCCUGAUGUUUGCGCCAUCUUCUACCUUCAAACCUUUUAAUACUCGCAAAGUUUCUUUCGAUGUUUUGUCAAAUAAGUCUUUAUUGAAUUCUGAAAGUAGCUGACAUCGUACUUCACAGCCUCAUAACUGUGCUAUGAUAUGAAUGAUUUCAGGAGUAUUUUUGGAGGUGUAUUAUUAUCAAUAAUAACAGAGUAUUCUAACCACUUGUCUUCGAGUUAAGAAUUACUAUUUUACGGCAGAAGUAGGUACGGUUUACAGUUAAAUUGGUAGUUUUUAGCGGUAGUGUCUUCACUUGGCGUUUUUAGUGAUACUCCCCCCCCCCCUGUUUCAACGGAUACAUAGUACUUGCCAAUCCGGCUUCUACAACUUCCUAACUACACAAAUGAAUCAAUUAUUUUCCAAAAACAGCAUUUUUAUAGACCCAUCAAGGCAACAGAGACAAGUAAAGAGCUGACUUUACCUAAUUGUUCUAAGGUUCAGCCGUAAUUAAGUAGAUGUUUGUAUUUAUUAUAUGCAUUAAAUUUCCAGAAAUUAAUGCUGGUCCGUAGUUCCAUGUAUGUAAGGCCCGAACUAUUUUGUAUGAAUUUGUUUAAACUUUCGUGUGUAUUAGGUCUGUAGGUAUCAAAGUUUGAAAGGGUGUAAAUAUUCUUCUUGCAUGGUAUUAUAUUUGUAAAGUAUUUGAAAUUUAUGUUCUCUGUUUUCCAAUUACCUAUUACAAUGAGUGAACCAACUUGCAAAUAAGAAAGUUUCUAAUAGACUUUAAUUCCUUCAGUAGAUCGAUUCGUUGUUCAAGUUGGAAUGGCCAGCCCAUUUAGUAUAAACGGAUUCAAAUCACCAAUUUUAUGAGAUUCAAUGUUGUACUGUUAACCUUAUUGUUGCAGUGGUCACGUUGUAUUGCUAAAGAAUGUAACCAAAGACUAAAAUCGCUCGCCACCAUUUUGGUUCUAACACUGUGCAUACUGCAAUAAAAACUUUUCCUUUGAAAAAAUCAUUAUUUCGCAAAACUGACUCUGUUACGCUUACUGUUUAUUGACUGUUGCUGGUAACAUUUUUCCAGGGGUGGGGGGGGGGAGUUGAUUGUUUAGGCACACUUUGGAAUGUAACUAGCACAAGCAGUUAUGUGCCCUUAGCUAAUUAGAUUUUGUUCCCGUCCUUUAGAUCCUGUGGUUCUUACGCAAAUUUGGAAUUGAAAUAGGAAAACACAAGCAAAUUUCUAAAUAUUUCUUUUGUUUGCAAAAACUUGCCAAUGAAUAUUGAACUAUAGUUUCUGCCACUCAACCACUCCUAUCGACUUGACGAAAUUAUUUAAAUAUCUUCUGUGGGAGAAAUGUAUUCAUUCGAUAUUCAUGUUAUGUUCUGUAAAUUAAUGUCAUAUUAAUUGUGGAGUUCAACACGAAUGUAAAGUUGAACCCCUCAAGCAGGGACGUGAAAAUUGCACCAACAAUUUUGGACUCAACAACAACAACAACUCAAUCGAUAUUUCUAUCAGCAGAACGGGAAAGGCGACCACUUGACAACGCAGAUAAAAUAAAAGAGGAAAAUUGUUGCUGUCCACGACUUUCGGUAGUUCCAAUGGCUGGUGAUUUUCUAAAAGGUUUGCCAUCUUUCAAUAAAGAAAACUUUUCUCGUUUUCAUGCAGAUGGAGUUCAAUCUAAAUCCACAUCAAAAAGGCCCUCGGUAUAUAUACAAUUUACAGAAGAACAAAAUAUUAAGCCUCAAGUUAUUAUUACAGACAAAACAAAUAUACUCCUGAGAUAUCUUCGAAAACAGUCUGAUGUUAAGAAUUUGCAACAGAAGCGAAAUUUAAGCUCUACAGACAAUGCUAGUCCAUCAAGAAAGGUCCCGAGACUGGGAGCUGCAAGUAACGAUGAUAAAUCCACAGAGAAUGACUGACACUUUCUCAUUGACUUUAAAUUAUUAGCUUUAGUAAGUAGAUUUUGAUUUUUUUGUUAUUGUUCACAGUAAUUCUUUUCUCAUAAUAUUAAGUGUGGCUUCACUUGAA